AUGGCCUCCCCCUGCUGCAGAUCUACCGUUGGAACCACCGGCUCCCUCAGGAGUGGCAGGUUUUCAGAGGCCAGGGCUGCUUCCAUGUGCCUGACCGCUGCCCUGGCCAACGUCAACCGCCCCCGCGUUGGCGUGACCCCGCUGGGCCGGCCCAGUCUCUGCGUGCCGGCCAGCUGCCGGGCCGCCUGCCCCUUGCCUGGCUCCUGCAACAUCCCCGCCAACAUUGGGAACUGCGGAAAUUUCUGUGAGGGCAUCCUGAAUGGCCACGAGAAGGAGACCAUGCAGUUCCUGAAUGACCGUCUGGCCAACUACCUGGAGAAGGUGCGCCAGCUGGAGCAGGAGAAUGCUGAGCUGGAGACCAAGAUCCGUGAGUGGAGCAAAUGCCAAGUCCCCUUUGUGUGCCCGGACUAUCAGUGCCAAUUCCGGACCAUAGAAGAGCUGCAGCAGAAGAUCCUGUGCACCAAGUCUGAGAACGCACGGCUGGUGGUGCAGAUCGACAAUGCCAAGCUGGCUGCGGACGACUUCCGCACCAAGUAUGAGACGGAGCUGUCCCUUCGCCAGCUAGUGGAGGCCGACAUAGGGGGCCUCCGCCGCAUCCUGGAUGACUUGACAUUGGCCAAAAGUGAUCUGGAAGCCCAGGUGGAGUCACUGAAGGAGGAGCUGCUCUGCCUCAAGAAGAACCAUGAACAGGAAGUGCACAACCUGCAGUGCCAGCUGGGAGACAAACUCCGAAUCGAGUUGGACACCGCACCACCCGUGGACCUGAACCGGGUGCUGGGGGAGAUGCGCUGUCAGUACGAGGCCAUGGUGGAGACCAACCGCAAUGACGUGGAGCAGUGGUUCACGGCCCAGUCGGAAGGACUGAGCAUGCAGGUGAUGUCCUGCUCGGAGGAGCUGCAGUGCUGCCAGUCGGAGAUCCUGGAGCUGAGACGAACGGUUAAUGCGCUGGAGAUCGAGCUACAGGCACAGCAUAAGAUGAGAAACUGCCUGGAGAAUUCGCUGGCAGAGUCGGAAGCCCGCUACAGCACAGAGCUGGCCCAGAUGCAGUUCCUGAUCAGCAACACGGAAGACCAGCUGGCCGAGAUCCGCUGUGACCUGGAGCGGCAGAACCAGGAAUACCAGGUGCUGCUGGAUGUGAAGGCCCGACUGGAGAGCGAGAUCUCUACCUAUCGGGGCCUGCUGGAGAGCGAGGACUGCAAGUAGGUAUUCUGCCAGUGCCGUCAGCCUGUACCCCCUCCCCUUGGGGAUCAACAGCCAUGAAUUCAACAGGUGGUAUCUGGGUGGAGUUUUCCCAAACCCCACACUUUCUAGGAGGCCCGCAGAGUUGGUGAGUUUUUUCCAGAGGCAGCCUCAUUUACAUGCAUAUC